AAUGUGUCCGUGUGGAAACUCUUCAAACGCCGGUAUUUCGUUUGUUUUGGGGGACAACACGCGUGAUGGAAAAGCAUGGACCUAGGAAAAGCCAAACUUUUGAGGACUGGAUUAAAUACUCUGCACCAAGCCAUUCACCCUGUACAUGGGAUAGCCUGGACUGAUGGGAGACAGGUCUGCCUCACUUCUUUCUACUAUGUCAGUGGUGAACCCAAAUUCGGCGACACUAAUGUUAUUGGACAGUUUGAACAUGUCUUUGGACUUUUCUGGGGACCUCUGUGUUGCUCCGGUUCUCCCGCUCUGCUCGCUGUGCAGCACAAGAAGCACGUCACGGUGUGGCAGCUUCAGUUGAGCGCCCUGGAGCAGAACAAACUGUUAUGCACUCAGACAUGUGAAAUGAGUGAGCCUUUCCCACUGCUCUCUCAGGGCUGUGUGUGGCAUCCCAGACUAGACAUCUUGGCUGUUCUGACCAAGCGAGACGCCUCUGUUCUGUUUUCUGUGCGUGUGGAUAACCGGCGAGUGAAGGCAGACAUCCGGGGCAGCGGUCUGAUCCACUGUGCAUGCUGGACUAAAGAUGGAACUCGAUUGGUGGUCGCCAUCGGCAGUGCUCUUCAUUCCUACAUAUGGAAUGACAUCCAGAAGAGCUUGGUGGCUUGCUCCUUUUGCCCCAUUUUUGAUGUUGGAGGCUAUAUCUGUGCUAUCGAGUCUACAGAUGAGGCUCAGGUAGCUGUUGCCACUGAACUGCCGCUGGACAAAAUCUGUGGGCUUAAUGCAGGCAUUGCCUUCGACUUGCCGACUGAAUCUGAGCCGUUGUCCUCUCAGCAGUCCCCAGUAGUGAUGGUGGACGAAGAUGUUUCUGUGGAGUCCAGGAGAAAGUCAUUUGAUUCUGAGCGCUCGCUGCCUCUAGGGUUCCUCUCAUCCUCUGGUCCCAUCGACCUUACGAACAUUUUGGCUAAGCACAGGAAGUCAGACCCCAGCCCUCUUAUUCACUUAAGACGGCGGGAUCACUUGACGGGAACAGGUCAAGACUCGUCUCAUUUGAUUUUGGUGAAGUAUGAGCGGAAGGUCACCACCACCAGGAAAGUAAGCAUCCCUGGCAUCCUGGUCCCUGACAUCAUUGCCUUUGACCCCCGAGGGAGCACCGUAGCAGUGGCUUCCAACACCUGCAACAUGGUGCUGGUCUACUCCAUCAUGGCAUCCUCCAUGCCCAAUGUUCAGCAGAUUCAUCUACAGAAGAACGAGAGACCUAAAGGCUUGUGCUUCAUCAGCAGCAAGAUGAUGCUGCUCAUGGUCGGCCGGCAGAGAUCCAACGACCCAGCUUUCCUUCCGUCCUCAAACACAGACAAAUAUGUCCUCAGGCUCAUGGCUAAGGAGCUUUUGUUCGAUGAGGACACGACUUCUCCAAUUGUACAAAAGCCUGAGUCUCCCAGUAAUUUUGUUGGGGUCAGGAGGCAUUCAGAGAACUUCUCUAAAGAUCUCGCGGUAAAGGACCUUGUCCUGCCAGGAGGCUCGGUAAUCCACUCCCCAAACAGCAGGAGGAAGCUGAUUGAGGAGUUGCGCAGCUCAGAGCCCAGUCCGGUGCCAAGCUCAGUUGACUUCUCAGACAGAGCCACGUCCAGCGCCUCUUCUAUUACAGUGGAAAACUACGACAUGGAUCAUGUCAGUCGCUUGGCCACGCUAGCAGUAGCUGGCCAGGCUAGCCGUGAAUCAAGUCGACCAUGUUCUCCGCGAUAUGAGCCUUCAGAAAAGCUGCUCUCUGAUCCUCCUGUGCCACAGAACAGCUGUCUUACAAAAGAAAAGAAUCUGGAGCACCUUACGCACAACAUGGAAAGGUUAUUUUCCCGCUUUGAUGAGGUGAGGCAAUGCCUCACAGAAAUCAAAGACUUCACUCAGAAUGGAAGAAAGGCCAUUGUCAAUUACCCAGCUGCCUGUGAGCCGCAGUAUGUCUACGUUACAUGUCAGAAGCAGCUGUCAGAGAAUGUGUACACAGACGAGAGGAGACCGGUGCUGUUGUGCGAGGGAAGGCUUAACCUUCAAGUAGUUCAGGAGCUCUUCAGACUGACCAUUGUGGAGAUGAUGCAUGGACCGAUGUGGAUUAUCCUGGUGGCUGAUGCUGAUGGAUUUGUACCGCUCACCUUCAAGCACAAGGAGGAGCUCACGGUACGGAGUGCAACAAGGAAGGCUCCCUUGAAGUCUUUUAGUAUCGCUGAUGAUGUGUUUCCUGAAAAUGUUCAAUCUCCUAACACAGAAAAAUGAUUUCCUCUGAAACGUGUUUGAGCAUAAAGAUUUACUGGACAUCAUGUUUAAAGGCUUAUGUUUAAGACAAUGCCUCACAAUUCAUGUUUACAAGGCACUAGUGGCUUUUCUGUAGUGCUGCCUUUGUAAAUCUGUGUAUAUGCAGUGUAAGACCAAUACGAUGACUAUAUUUUUGUAUUUCUGCAAGCAAGUAAUUGAGUGCCUGCUUUAAUGGUUUUCUACUGUUAGUCUAAAGCCUGUGAUGCAUCUAUUAUAUAUAGAUAUAUAGAUAUUAGUGUUUUAAAUCAUAAAUGUUUAUUUUUGUAGAGAUUUAAAUGAAUUCACACAUGUGGUGCAUAAAUACAUGUAUCCAUAAGUUAAUGUCCUUGAUAGCAAUUAAUGUAUCCAAUAGCUUUGGAUGUAUGAAUCCAAAUCACUCUCUCAGUUCUAUGCACUGUGAACCACAACCUGCUUCUAACAAAAGA